CCGGCACUCUACUUCCUGUCCAGCUGCAUCCCAGGCCUGCUCUUCCCCUGACCUGGAAUGGGGCUGCCUCAGAACCCGGCCUAGGGCUGAGGCAUGGUCCCUUCUGCCCCUGUUCCACUCACCAUGGAGCCCCACAGCUAAGGCCAGCAGGCUGUCGAUGGAGAGGUGGGCGGAUGACAGCCGGGACCGUGGUCAUCACCGGGGGCAUCUUGGCGACCGUGAUUCUGCUCUGCAUUAUUGCUGUUCUCUGCUACUGUCGGCUCCAGUACUACUGCUGCAAGAAGGAGGAGUCGGAGGAGGACGAGGAGGAGCCCGACUUCGCUGUGCACGCACACCUGCCCCCUCUGCACUCCAACCGCAGCCUGGUGCUGACCAACGGGCCUGCGCUCCACCCCGCCGCCUCCACCGCCUUCGGCCAGAAGUCCCCGCAGGCCCGAGCCCUCUGCCGCAGCUGCUCCCACUACGAGCCGCCCACCUUCUUCCUGCAGGAGCCAGACGACGCCGCGGACGAGGACGUGCGCAACGGUGGGGGGCGCGUGGCCUACAGGAGCAUCAGCCAAGAGGACGUGGAGCUGCCGCCCCAGGGCUUCGGGGGCCUGCAGCCGCUCAACCCCAGCCGCCUGUCGGCCAUGCGCGAGGCCUUCUCCAGGAGCCGCAGUGUCAGCACUGACGUCUGACCCCGUGACCAGUGCCCUGGGCGGCCCUGAAGCCAUCCAUGGAGGGACGCCUGUGCCGCCCACCCCCUUCUGCUGUCCACGUCCCAUCCCUGGGGCCCUCUGGGGGAUAAGGCUCAGUGAAUGCAGGUGCGCCCACCGUGGGUAGGGACCGCUGGGUGGAAUGGGCAGCAAGCCCGGCCCAGGGACAGGCGAGGGGCAGGGGAGUGAAGACAGCGGCUCAGUGCUGGGCCUGGGGCAGGGCGGGGCCGUCUUCCAGAGGUGUGGGACGGGGUCACUACGAGCCUGGCGUCCACCCUCUUACUGUUCUGGGAGGGUGGUCUCAGUGAUGCCCGGGCCCUGACUGCAGAUGAAGGGCUCUGUGCCUGCAGCCUGAGCUCGGCCCCUUCGCUCCUGUCCUCUGUCUCUCUCUCUCCCUCUCUCUCUCUCUCUCUCUCUCUCUCUCUCUCUCUCUGGGCUCUGGGCACCAAGAUGCCCAUGUGUUAAGCUCCCUGCAGCUGGACAGCCCCCACAAAAGGGUGAGGCUUGGGGUAGCAGGGUCCUUGUCACAACUGGCACGGAGAGGGAGAUGCUGCUUGGGGGUUCAGCCCUAAACUCACCCAACAAGUGGGCAGAGACCCCGAGGCAGCCAGGCAGAGGUGGGCAGAUGUGUGGCCCCUAACAUGCUGUGAGGCUUGGACAGGCCUCCACAGCUCUGGGCCUCGGUCUCUGCACCACUGUGAGGAGGCUGCUGGCCUCAGGGCCCUUCCAGCUCUGGCUCUCAGCAGGAGCAGAGGUCCCCAGGGGAGACAGAGCUAGGGGCCACCUCCCCUGCACACGCUUCCUGCUUGGAGUGAGGCCCAGGCCCUGCCCUACCCAGUACCCAGCGGGCCCAGAGGAGGAGCUGGCUGCCCUGUGUGGAGGCCUCACUGUGCCUGCAUCAUGCAGGCUGCAGCCCAGGUCUCUGGGAGUUCUGACUUCUCCUGGCCUCCUUGGUGGCUAAAGCUGCCCGCAGACCACCCCAGGGAAGUGCCCCCAGCCAGGCACCGUCGUCAGAGCACAGUGCUGCCUGCCAAGAGGCCAUGUGGACUCAGGCAAGAGACCUCCUCUCAGACACCCUUUCCGCCACCUGGAGCCCAAGAUGGGGCGAGGGUACCCACAAAGCUGGGGACCACUGCCGCCGUUCUCUCCUCCUCGUCCUCCUGCCUGCCCUGUCUGAUGCAUCAGGGGAUUCGCCUCACUGAGUCCAGCUCCUCCCCACCUGCCCACCCCUCUCUGGCUGGGUCCCCACCAGCAGCGGGGCUGCAGAUAUAGCCUGCUCCCUCUCCGUCCCCUGCCUGCGGCCUCUGCCCUUUCUGUACAGACCCAAAGGUCCCUUUGAAAUGAACUAAGUGUGCGUCCCUCCCAGCUCACCCAACGCCACAGCCCUGGGGCCUGCUGGAGUGCCGUGGGGUUCCCAGAGCAAAGCAAAGGCCAAUAAACCUGCUCCCUCCCUUU